GGUCGCCAGCGGCAGGUUCCACGCCAGUCAUGGCCGCUCCGGCAGACGCUGUGGUGGGCCGAGGCGCUGUGGAGGCGUGCGCUCUGGAGGAGAUUCUGGAAGCUUUAAAGCUGCUGCUGAGCCCGGGAGGAUCAGGCUCAAGUUCACUGCAGAUCACAAAACACGAUGUCUUGUUGGCUGCUUUCAAAUCUAAUCUAUCUACCUUGGACAACAAGUUUCUGAUGGGCAGUCAGUGGACAAAACUGAAGCUUCUAAGAGAUGAGGUGGCCAGUAAGGCAGAGUGGACACAAACUUCUGAGGACAUCACUUGGAGUUUUACUGCUCAGACCUUGUUGUUGCUGCUGUGCUUGAAGGAAACCAUGAUCCGCCUUGCAGCUGAUUUCAACCCUGGUAAACCCAAUCCUCGGACUGCAGAAGCUGCCCCUGCCCUGAGCCCCGAUACACUUAGCAUCUCCCAGCAGAAGAUCGUCCAGUCUGCUUUGCAAUUUGUGGUCACCUUGGGUGUCUGCCCCUAUCUCAUCCCUGGUGUUGGGAUGCCUUUGAGAUGUAGGACUGAGUUUGGUGCAGUGGUUCAAGAUGUGGUGUGUCCCGAUGCUUCCCCCCACACAGCCCGGAGACUGUACACCAGCUGCAGGGUCCUCCUAGACAUUGCUCAGCAUGCAUCCCUGGGGAGCUUGGUUUUCUGCCGCCACUUUGGGGACAUAGCUGCAGGUCUGUGCCAGCUGGGAUUCUGCCCAACCAAAAGAAAAUCACCAACCCCUGAGGAAGAGGUUUUAACAGAAGAGGAAAGAGCCUUGUCUCGGAGGGCCUUGAGAGACAUGUUGGAUCAAGUGUAUCAACCAUUAGUGGUCCGGGAAUUACUUGUCCUCCAGGGAGGCCCUCUUCAGCAGCCCUGCACAGAUGUGAAGAUGCAGCUCAGGUGUCGGGCCCCAGCCUGGCUUCGGCGUCUGUGUGGGCAGCUGCUCUCUGAAAGGUUAAUGAGACCCAAUGGUGUGCAAGCAGUAGUCCGGGGCAUCUUGGAAGGAGCAGGUGCAGGGGCAGCUGGCGGGAGCGAUGCUGAGGUGACAGCUGCUGACUGGAAGAAAUGUGACUUGAUUGCAAAGAUUUUGUCCUCCUGUCCUCAGCAGUCUCUUUCCCCAGAGAGUUACUACAGGCUCAUCUGCCCCCAGAUUCUGGAUUUGUUUCAUUUUCGAGAUAAACUGACAGAGCGGCAGUUUCAGAGAGUUGCUACCACCACAUUCAUAACUCUGUCAAGAGAACGCCCAGAACUGGCAGCAAAGUAUUUGCUUCCGCCAGUGUUAGCUGCUUUGCACCGAUGCAUGGAUUCAGCAGAGAUUCCAGAGAGUGACAUGGUGCCAGGGACCAUUUUGGUGACAGAAGAAGAACUUAAUAGGUGUAUUGAGGAUGUGUUUAAGGUUAGUAAUUUAAAUGUCUAAUAUUUUAAGCUAAAAUUUGUACUUGGUCUUUGAAACUUGUUUAUUUUUGUUUAUCAGUGUUUAGGUUAAACCCCAGGGCCCCAUGCUAGGUCACUGUGCCAAGACAUCUUAUUAUGGAUCCUGGGGAAGUUGGAAAGGAUGAAGGCAAUCACUAGCCUGAAAGGAUUUGCAGGAUUGGACAAAACUGUGCCCUCUCUCCAUCCUCAGUGCCAGUUUAGAGCUGCCACCCGAGGUGGCAUUAUGAUUACCAUCAAAGAAGCCACCAAUCAUGAGGAUGAAGAUGAAGCCCUGUAUCAGAAGGUGUCUUCGGAGCAGAGUCAGGUGGAGCAUCUUGGGGAUUUGCUGUCCCAUUGCCAGGAAUGUGGUUUGGCAGGGGACUUCUUCAUCUUCUGUUUGAAGGUUGUGGACUUUGUUGCAGCAACACUUCAGAGGGCAUGCAUAAACCUGGCCCGUGAAGCAGAGAGCACUGUGCAAUCACAGACCCUAAGCAUGGCCAUGGGACUGGUGGCUGUCAUGCUAGGAGGAGCUGUUCAGUUGAAGUCAAGUGAUUUUGCAGUCCUGAAGCAGUUGCUCCCUCUGUUGGAGAAGGUUUCCAACACAUACCCUGACCCUGUCAUCCAGGAACUCGCUACUGAUCUCCGUAUCACCAUUUCUACCCAUGGAGCCUUUGCCACUGAGUCUGUCAGUGUGGCCGCCCAAAGUACCCUGAAAAGAAAAGAUCCAGAAGGGAAAAUAGAAAAGCAGCAACAAACCAGUCAUGACAGACACACAGGGGUAGCUCAGAGCCACCUGGAACAACAGCAAAACCGUGAGAAAUCCUUGCAAAUGGGCCAGGAGUAUAACAUUCCUUUCAUUCCUAAAGACGACAGCGAGCCCAGCACUAUCACAAAUAAGAAAUCAGGAAGUAUCACCACAGAACAGCUCCAAGAGGUUCUUUUGUCUGCUUAUGACCCUCAGAUCCCAACUCGAGCUGCUGCCCUACGAACACUUUCCCAAUGGAUAGAGCAAAGAGAAGCAAAAGCCCUUGAGAGGCAAGAGAGGCUUCUCCAGAUAUUCUUGGAGAACUUGGAACAUGAGGACACUUUUGUGUAUCUAUCUGCAAUUCAGGGGGUUGCCCUGCUUUCAGAUGUAUACCCUGAAAAAAUCCUGGUUGACCUGUUGGCCCGAUAUGAUAGCGGCAAAGACAAACACACACCAGAGACUAGGAUGAAAGUUGGAGAAGUCCUCAUGCGUAUUGUCAGGACAUUAGGGGACAUGGUCUCAAAGUACCGAGAACCUUUGAUCCAUACCUUCUUGAGGGGUGCAAGAGACCCAGAUAGUACACACAGGGCCAGCAGCUUAGCCAACCUGGGAGAACUAUGCCAACACCUGGACUUCUUGCUUGGCCCUGUGGUUCAUGAGGUGACAGCUUGCCUGAUUGCUGUGGCUAAAACAGACCAUGAUGUUCAAGUGCGCAGAGCUGCCAUCCAUGUGAUUGUUGUGCUGCUUCGGGGCCUCAGCCAGAAAGCUACUGAGUGCCUGUGGGGGAGCAGGAAAGCAGCCGCCUUCCUCGGGUUGCUAUUUAAAGACAUUCUAAAAGAUGCCGCCACUGCCUCUCCUACCUCUGCAGCAGCGGCUGCUCCUGUCCCUGCCACCAGCCAGCUGCACCGUCUGUGCCCUGCUAAGCCUCCAGUGGAGCCUAGCAGGAGCUCGCCUGCUAGCAGCAUACACUUUAGUUUGCAGAGUCAUUCACCAUCCAGAGCUUGUCAUAUGCUCACAGCCAUCAUGUACAACAAGGAAUUGUCCUCCUUUGAUGGCAUUUGGCUCUUGGUGUCCUGUGUCCUGGCAAAGACCCUGCCCAGCAACUUAGAAGACCCUCUAGGACAUGCUAUGGGCAUUUGGUGGCUUGCUGGAACUUGUUCCUAA